AUGCGUAGAUGGGUUUGUUCCAAUGAGGGCUAUCAAAGAGAACUCCUCGAAAAGGCCACAGAAAAAAGAUCACACCCUCUCAUGAGAACUGGAAGUGAAUUGCAGUUCUUGAGAUUCAUUCAUGUAGUUUCUGAUGGCUUGGUGGCUCAAGUAAGGUCUAUGAAUAAGGUCGCUAUUAAAACAACUAAUAUAAUGGCUCAUGUGGCUCUUCAAAGUGGUGGUUUUAAGAGAUUUCCAUGCCAACUUCGAGAUGUCUACAAUAGAGUGGCUGGUGCACAACGUGAAGAGAAGAUAGAAACAAACUCUCAAGGGGUGUUAGGCUUUCUUGAUUGCCUCUCUGAGAAGGAUCACAAUUUCUUAGUGGCUGAUGGAACUUCACACAUGGAUUAUGUUGCCUUUGGAGAUGUACUGGGGUUUGACACCACAUACAUGACUAACGAAUACAAUAAGCCUUUCACCAUUAUGGUUGGUGUCAACCACCAUUUCCACACCUGCAUUUUUGGGUUUGCUCUUCUACUUCAUGACAAGCCAGUCUCUUACUCGUGGCUACUCAGAGUUUUCCUAGAAUUCCAUAGACAAAAGAAGCCGAGAGUGGUGAUGACUAACCAAGACCCAACCAUGAAACAAGCAAUCGAGGAAGAGUAA